AUGGAUCGUCCUGCCAAGCGUCAGCGAUCAACGGAAUUUGAAGCCCAUGCACCUGAAUCACUACAGCGCUCUAUAAGUCCACCAAGAAAGAGGGCCCGUAAACCAGUUGCGAUACCAUCUCCUUGGCAAUUGACGUGGAUCCAGGACCUCCCAGAAAGCGAGAACAAGGAUGCUGUAAGUCUUCGGGACUUAUUGGGUGAUCCUCUAAUCUCAGAAUGCUGGGAGUUCAACUUCCUGCAUGACAUUCCCUUUUUGAUGAAUGCAUUUGAUCCUGACACACGUCACCUUGUCAAUGUUCACUUGGUUCAUGGUUUCUGGAAACAUGAAGAUAAGAACCGCAUAGCGUUGGAGAAUCAGAAUGCAGCCGCAAAAUUUGAGAAUGUCAAUGUCCAUAUCGCUCCUAUGCCUGAGAUGUUUGGGACCCAUCAUUCGAAGAUGAUGAUUUUGUUUCGGCAUGGUGACACUGCCCAGGUCAUCAUUCACACCGCCAACAUGAUCCCAAAAGACUGGACCAACAUGACCAAUGGUGUAUGGAAAUCUCCCUUACUUCCCAGAAUGUCAAAAACUCAGACCCCUGCAUCCUCCCCAGAGGAGUUUCUUGUCGGUAGUGGAGAACGCUUCAAAAUCGAUCUUCUAAACUACCUGAAGUUUUACGAUAAGCGCAAGAUUAUCUGCAAGCCUCUGAGUGACAAGCUCAAACAAUACGACUUUUCGACCAUCAAGGCCGCGCUCAUCGCAAGUGUGCCGGGUAGGCAUGAUGCGCACGAUAUGUCAGAAACAUCUUGGGGGUGGGCCGCUUUAAAAAGGUGUCUGCGACACGUCCCUUGUCAUCAGCAUGGUGAUUCGGAUAUUGUCGUGCAAGUAUCUUCAAUCGCCACACUAGGGCCAAAGGACGAUUGGCUACAAAAGACCCUUUUUGAUCAUUUGGGUCGGUGUAAGGAUACGGGUCUCAGGCGGCCCAGGUUCAAGGUUGUGUUUCCUACGGCAGAUGAAAUACGACGGUCGUUGGAUGGAUAUGCAUCAGGUCUUUCUAUACACACAAAGAUCCAAUCACCACAACAAGCGAAACAAUUGGAAUAUCUCCGCCCAAUGUUUCAUCAUUGGGCCAACGAUUCACCUGGUGGCACUAAACUUCCCGAUGGACCUGUACUUGAAAGUGGCCGCAAGAGGGCAGCACCACACAUCAAGACCUAUGUCCGAUCAAAUAAAUCGUCCAUAGACUGGGGGCUUCUCACAUCAGCCAAUAUCUCGAAGCAGGCCUGGGGCGAAGCAGCUCGGCCUACAGGUGAGAUGCGCAUCGCAUCGUGGGAAGUUGGGGUGUUGAUAUGGCCAGAGUUACUCGAGCCAGGCUCGGUCAUGGUAGGUACUUACAAAACAGAUGUGCCUGAAGUCUCACAAAGCCCAAAGGAAGACGAAGAAAGUCUUCCCGUGGUUGGACUACGAAUACCGUACAACACUCCAUUGCAACGCUAUACGAGCGAUGAGGUGCCUUGGGUCGUUUCAAUGUCACAUACAGAGCCUGACUGGGCGGGGCAGUCUUGGGUUUGA